CUGUGUAUGUGCUUUCGGAAAUCAGGUACCAGGUACGCGACCCCCGCAUUUAGGAGACAUUGAGAUUUUGAAACAUUGGGUUAUUUCACAACCACAAGGUAGCAAGGAUGUAUAAGGUAAGAACGUUUCACUAGUCUCCCAAAAUUCAUUUAAGAAAAGAUUCACUAAGGAAAAAAUUGUGAUGUUUUGGUGUCAUGUAAUAAUGAGUUGUUGUUUUUUUAUAUGGGUUGAUAACUAAUGGAAGUCGUUAAAUAGUGGGUCAAUAAUUUUUAUAAGAGCUUGGCUUGGCUCUGUGGGAAAUCAAAACCUCCAUUAUAAGUUUAUUUCAAAAGUUCUCUGAUCAAAUUUUGUCUCCAUCGGCCAGGGAGUCAGAUAUUUAGUUCCAAAGCCCAUUAAGUGGAUAGAUUUUACUGUGGGUAGAUUUUACUGUGGGUGGUUAAUGAAUCCUCCCCCCCCCCUUUUUUUUUCAAGGGCGUUAUUUCAAUGGCAAUGUGUGCCCUUCGUUGUCUUCAAAAUAUGAUGUCGCUCAACAACAAAUAUAAUCAAACUGGUUCCCACUAAUAAAGUCAUUGGUGAUUAUAGCGCAGUUUAUUUGACGAAAGGAACUCGAUUUUUGUUGUCAUAAUUAAAAAAAUAAGCGUAAGACCAAUAAAUAAAUUGAAAAUUCGAAUCGUGUACCCCAACAGACAACACGUUGACAGUUUAAAAGGUGUCCAUACUUUAUCUGAGACCCGUGCUCAGAUAUAAAAUGCCCUCAGUCCUGUCAGUUCUAUAGCUUCACUGGAGCGGGGGGGGGGUGGUCCCAAACUGGAAAGGGGCGGAGGGGCUUGCAUCGAAGAGAAAAGAGGGAGGGGGGGGGAGUCUUUAAAAUGUCAUAUAUUUAUCCCAGAGCUGGAAAGGGGAGGAGGGGCUUGCAUCUAAGAGAAAAGAGGGGUGGGUGCAAAGUUGAAUUUCAAGAGACGAGUAAAACUGAUUGUAAUGUAAUUCUCAAUAUUAAAAAUGAAUCGCAAUGCUACAUUUGUAGGGGCGCGAGACUCACACAAAAACAGUUCGUAUGGAAGUAGAUUACAGCAAGGUUUGGGAAACCCUGCUCUAGAGGUUUGAUAACAGACAAGUACUUUGAUAAGGGGUAACAUUAUUUGUAUUGGUGCAGCGCGUUGGUACGGGGAAGUUUCCACACACACCCACAAAAUAAUUUUAUAUUUCGUUACAAACAUGAAUGCAUCUUUUGUCAGCUACGUAUAUCUGAUGGAGCCUUAGUGGACAAUAGAUUCUAUGUGUGGCCAUCAAGUCACAUCAGCGACUAGAUUUCCUAAAUAUAUGUAUAUUAUAUACUUGUGGUUGCACUUGACUCGUCAACCUUGGAUAGCAGCUCAUUAUAAAAAUUAUUUAAACAAACUCACACAGCCAUGUGCAACUAAACAUUGUGAACAAUUUUAAAAUGUCACAUUUAACGUUUGGGAGAAUAUCAAGCAAGAAAUGCCAUAAUAUUUUUUUAUCUCGAAUAAAGGGGGGUAAAAAUGUUUCAAGGCCAGCAUGUCCGCUUUAAAAUCACGCUUAUGGUGACCAGGCACAAAGAUUGUUCAAUAUAGUCGACUUCUUUCCGUAGCUAAAAUGCCUCUGUGAACUAUUUGAACUUGGUAAUUUGAGGUAUGAAAGCUUCAAUUAAAAAUAAAACAACAAAAUAUAUAAGUAGAAAUGAAAGCUUCAAAAUGAAACACCAAGACUUGUUUCAUUCGGUGGCCACAGAAGACCAUUGUCUAGCGCAGGCCCGCACAACUCAAAAUGUAAGGCGGGCCGUACCGCUGUAUGAAACACUUGUGCGAGCCAAAACAAAAUAGGACAGGACUUGGGCGGGCCAAAACAAAAUAGGACAGGACUUGGCGGGCCAAAACAAAAUAGGACAGGACUUGGGCGGGCCAAAACGAAAUAGGACAAGACUUGGGCGGGCCAAAACAAAAUAGGACAGGACUUGGGCGGGCCAAAACAAAAUAGGACAGGACUUGGGCGGGCCAAAACAAAAUAGGACAGGACUUGGGCGGGCCAAAACAAAAUAGGACAGGACUUGGGCGGGCCAAAAGAAAAUAGGACAGGACUUGGGCGGGCUAAAAGAAAAUAGGACAGGGGGGAAAGCUAUUAAGUAAAUAAUAAGAAUAAAGUAUAGUUCGCUACUUCGCUGGCCACAAAUUAGGUGCUCGCGGGCCGCAUGUGGCCCACGGGCCGUAUGUUGUGCAGGCCUGGUCUAGCGUAUUGCGGUGACAGGUUGACAGACUUUGGCAAUGAAAGUAAUAUUAUCACGCAAACAUACCUAUUUAAUAAAAAAAAUAAUACAGAAAAUUUAUAUGUGUACAAUUCUACCCUUCAGACAACGAUGCUAACAUUAUGGGAGUUACUUUGACAGCAUGGCUGUUUGGGACACUCCUCACCUGUUACCCUAUCCCGAGCGUGCUGAGUGCAGCAGACGACCUCUUCUUAAACCUGUUCGCUGUUCGGCUGAAAAAUGGCUCCAGAGAAACGGCGGAAAUCAUUGCACGACAUCACGGCUUCCUCGUCAAAAAUGAGGUGCGUUGUCACUUCGUCUGUGUGGGAUUGAGACAUAAGGGAUAGAGUGGACAAUUUGGGAAUACAAACACUAGCUGCUAACAAACUAUCUUUAAUGUACAAUUCUAUAACGCAAGAAGCGUUUCUAGCAUCAUACCAUAAUGAUUGACCUUAGUGUCUCUUGUGCAGAACGUUAUCCUAGGGACACUAGCCAAAGGAGCUUGACUUCUUUAAAAUUUAAAUGCAUAUGACGUGAUAUAAUCCACUAAAUGGAAACUUUUGAACUAACUAACCUACGCAUCUUUGUAUUUAAAAUACAACACGGACCCACAACAACACAUACGAGGCGUCCGGCCCUACGUGUCAAAGCUUUCCACUGAUUGUUCAAGAUCAAAUAUGUAUUUAUAUCUUUGUGAAUUUCACCUUAUGUAAAACUGCACACGUAGAAGGUUUUCUUAUUCUCGAGGCCACUCAUAGUAAAACACAUUCUAUUGUCUUGACCACCAGCUGCCGCACAUCAACGUGUUUAUGUUGGAGUACGCAUCCGCCCCAAGGAGAUCGAGACGGGGCGCCACAGACUUGCUGAACACCCUGAAGCAAGAUGACAGGGUAAUGGUUCUUUGUAAUUCUUCACAAAAAGUUUUCCGAGGGCUUGUAAAGGGCUAAAUGUUAUUAAAGGGUUAUUUUAUUUGCCAUUUGGAUACUCAUGUUGGGCCAACUCUUCUAAUGAAUCAUCGUCGCUGUUCAAAUUGAUUAUCCAACAUGAUUGUCACUCGUUAUUAAAAAUAUGUUUUUUUGUUGUUUAUUUAUGUUUGUCAGACGUUGAAUGGCCUGUAAAAUCCAGAGUUAUCCCCCAUGUUUAUUGCCAGUUACAUACAUUCAUACUUAUGUUUUAUUCACUUUAACUUAAAAUAACUUGUACAAUUAUAUCAUCAUUGUUAUCAUGUAUCUUUUUAGAAAGUGUCCUUUUCUUCGCCUUUUCUAUUUCUGGUUACCACACUAUUAGUAAUAUCAAAUAAAGAUAUAGUUCUCAAGACCUCGCUUCCUGUAUUCUAAAUAAAAGUAAAACUGUAUUGCCCAACAACUUACCAGCUACAUAUUAUAUUUUAAGAAUUUUUUCUUGGAUACAAAAAUGACUAUAUUUAUAGUUAGGCUUACCAUACGUCCUGGUUUCAACCCUCAAAUUUAUGGUAAUAAGCCUAUUUAUAAUCAUAUUCAUGUUUAAGGUUAUAUCAUGCAGAACUCGACCCCUGGAUACAUGCUUCAAACAUUCAACUUUCCGAAUGUUGUUUUUAAAAAUAAUCUUGUAUGUAGGGUCAAAUCCGAUUCUUCUUGAAAAAUUUAGAGAUAAUUUGCGCACCUUGACUAAAUUCCAACCGGGCGAACUCACUAAUUCACCCCCCUCCCCAUAUACACAUUAUUUUAUAAUGUUAUAUAUAUAAAUCUCAAAACUGCAGACAGGGGGCGGUUUCCCCCUUCGCACAUCUAGAUACGCCCCUGAUUAUAGCUGACCCUUUCAAAAAAACUAAUGUAUACAUCUUGGAAUUAUUUUGUGUCUGCCCUCUCUGUAGGUCAAGCAUGCUCAACAGGAAGUCACACUUCAUCGAGUUAAGAGGAGGGUCAUCCUCCACGACAAACAGUUGGAGUUGCCGAUCAGGACCAUAGAGGAUGACUCGGUGUUCGCAAGAGUUGUUCCUCCCAAUUUAACACAGAGAGAUGGGGUCUACAGAGUUGGCGCCAAGUUUAAUGAUCCCAAAUUCAACGACAUGUGGUACCUGGUAUGUGAAUUAUCUAUUUUAUUCUGUGGUACUUGGUAUGUGAAUCAUUGAUUUGAUUCUGUGGUACUUGGUAUGUGAAUUAUUUAUUUUAUUUUGUGGUACUUGGUAUGUGAAUUAUUUAUUUUAUUCUGUGGUACUUGGUAUGCGAAUCAUCUAUUUUAUCCGUUAUAUAAUUGGAGAGACUUUACCAUCACCUAGACAGCCCUAAAAAUUUUUGGGUGCUUUUCCUAGACUUCUCAUCAGCAUAUAACACUAUCCAACCACACUUUAUUAUGAAAAAACACUUUCUACGUUAGGUGUAAAUUCAAAUAUUCAAGCAUGAAUAUUGAACUUUGAAACAAAUCGCUCACAAUAUCUCAAGGGGAGUUAGCAAAUAUUAGUAACUAGAAAAAUGUAGUACUAGAGUGCCACAAGUUUGCGUUCUCUCCCCCGUCCUGUGUACAGUAUAUACCAAUGACAUCCAGAGCCCAAGCAACAUCGUUCCAAUAAUUAAAUUUGUUGAUAAUGCCACCAUCGCUGUUUCAAUAUCUGAAGGGUACAGCUUAUACCACAGCCUGGAAACCUUACCAUUUUGUGCCAUGAAAAUUGUCUUUAGUUGAUGAAAAAACCCUGAAGGAAAUGGUUGUCGAUUUCCGAAGGGGUAUCACCUAAUAGCAGGACUCACGAUAAAAUACACAGUCUAGAACAAGUAGAAACAUAUACCUAUAGGUACCGAUAGGUGUCACCAUUAAUAUUUAGCUUACAUGGCACGAACACAGCCAAAUUGUGUAUUAAAAAGUCAAUCAAAGACUUUUCUCUCUUAAAAUAUUGUACAAUUUUAACGUAAACAAACAAGUUAUUUACCUAUUCUACAGUGCAAUAAGCGGAAGCCUACUAACUACUAAACUUCAAUAUUACCUGCUGGUGUCGGGAAUUCAUCGUCUGACAUCAAACACCGAUCAAAUAGACUAAUCAAGAAAGCUAGUAUUAUCACAUAAACCAAAGACCCUUCACUUGAAGAACUGUUUGAAGAAAAGUUAGGUUGUAAAACGUUAAAACAUGUGUAUGAUACAUCCCAACCACUCCAUCACUGAUAACCUAAGAUUAGUUCGAUCGGGGCGAAGACUUUCUCUUAAAAUUAGGACCCAAAGAUAUGAAAAUUCGUUUGUUCCCCUGCCUGUACGAAUUUACCAGCGUGCUCCCCCAGCGGUUACCAAAGCUAAAUGAUCCCCAAUUACGUCAUUUUUAACAAUGGAGUUAACAAAUUUCUUUUACGGCUUAUUUUCAAGUUAAAGAAAUACAUUAGAUGUCUUGUGUUUAAAUUGUUAUAGUUGUAAAAUGUUGUCUUGGUUAAAAAAAAUAUAUGUAUUUAUCUGUUGGCUGAAAAUUAAUAUGUACAAUGUAAUCCAAAAACAUUUUCAUUUAUUUGGUUCAAUAAUCUUAUCGAAAUCUAUUAGUGCCAUUAAUCAAAUGAUUAGUCGAUCUCAGACAUAAAAAAGAGACGCAAAGAAUAUCUCUAUAUAAUUCAAUACCAAUAUUUUUAAAAGUAUGCCCUUUUACAAAUUAAAAAAAAAUAAAAAAAAUUGAACGUCACAUGAAAUGAAUGAAUAUCCUAGGACAGCUUACGAAACAGCUGCUACAUAAAUACAGUGCCGUCUUAAGGCAUGGGCAUAAUGGGCAGUUUCCCAGGGCCUCACGUCUCUAUGGUCGUCAUGAUGCCCAUAUUGUUAAUGACUGUUCUGAUCUUCAGCCCAUUUUAUUUACUUUUAAAAUGCCAAAUGUUUGAGCAUCCCUGGUCUGCAGCCAUUUCUAGUUUUGUAGGCUACUUGUCCCCCGGCCACGCAUGUUGAGUGUAACAUACAUGUACCUAGAUCACAAGGAAUUAUUGUUUUUGUCUUUUGGACAGGUCAACCAGGGUCAAAGCGGGGGAGAGGCAGGUGUGGACAUGAACAUGGCCAUUGUGUGGAGUAACGGGUUCACGGGGAAAGGCGUCGUUGUGUGUAUCCUUGACGACGGGAUAGAUCACUCUCACCCGGAUCUGAUUAACAACUACGUGAGUAGCCUACCUUGCCUUCGGUAGUCUAGUUUCGGGUGGCACUUUAUUUAAUUAGUUAGGGUUAGUUCGCAAAUUACGUCACGCUCGGGGGUGGGGGAGGGGUGUCGAACAUUUGCGACACUUUGUGGCAGGAGGGAGGGGAGGUCAAAAAUGUGUGUCAUCACAAAAAAUAUUUUAACAAAAAACAACUAAAUUUUCUAAUUUUGAACAAUCUUUAUUCAAUUAAUUUUAAAAACAUUAAUUUGAGGUCUAAAUUGCCUCAGGUAUUAUUGGUACCAUGAAACUCAUUCGCGCAUUGAAAAGACUCUUUUGUCGCCCUCCCCCCCUCCCACCCCCCCCCCUUGAAUGCUGACUUUUUGAUGAAAAUGUUUCCAGCCAGGAACACACACAUUAUCACUUUUUUAAAAUUAUAUAAUGAUCAUUUAUUUUGGGAAGACUAUCGUUUUACAAGUGGGGCAGUUUUUCAUUUUGGAUGAUAGACAGUUUUCAUAUAGGCAGAUAGAAAGUUUUCGUAUUGGCAGAUAGAAAGUUUUCAUAUUGGCAGAUAGAAAGUUUUCAUAUUGGCCAGAUAGACAGUUUUCAUAUUGGCCAGAUAGACAGUUUUCAUAUGAGCAGAGAGACAAUUUUCAAAAGAUAUCUAAAACUAGAACGCUAUGUGACUAUGUGGAAAAUAACGACGAAUUCUUGAUUAAUUACCGUAAUGCACUUAUUUUUUUUCAGGUGGCUAACGCUAGCACUGAUUUAAACGACCAGACUGACUACUUAAAUGAUCCAAUGCCUGACACAUCGAACACUGACAACAGGUCAGCGGCAGGGAUUGAAACGAUCAUGUUAAAUUACGUUUGGACGGUUGGCUAUGCAUUAUAAAUAUAACCCAAAGAAAGUAUGAUACACGCAAUGCUGUUUUACAAACCAUUGUCAGAACGGGACAUUCAUGCCAUGUUUAUCUUUAAUAUAACAACAACAAAAAAGGAGAAAUCCUCCAGCUAUGUUUACUGUUAAUCUUCUACGGUCUUCGAUUUAUGUCUCAGCUUUUUUUUUCAACCUAUAAGUAUAAUUCGAUUAUCUGGAAUUGUUAAUAUUAAUACCUUAGUUAGAAAUUAGAACGGGACAGUCAUUUCCAGUCAGUUACCACAUUUGGGGCAUGCGCCAUUUGGGCUCAAUAUACACGUGAUGCGAUAGGUUCGCUAAAAGAAAAGUAUUUUGUCUAGUAAAAAUUUAAAUCGUUAAAAUUUAAAUUUUUUAUUUCAGCCAUGGUACACGGUGCGCCGGGGAGGUUGCUGCCAGCGCCAACAAUGGUGUCUGUGGUGUGGGCGUGGCUUACGAGGCCAGCAUUGGAGGUGGGUUGGGUUGAGCAACUUCUAAAAUAUAUCCCAUAUAACAACAUUAAAUUGAUUACAAACUCUGCAAGUCUAGUGGAGUGACCGAGCGGUCUAAACUGAGUCCCUGCCAAGCUUGUGGACAUGAGUUAAAUCUCCAGCAGAUUCCUAGACAAGCAACGACAUAUUCCCGGCAACCCGUUUGGAUUGGGGGCUCGUUAUCCAUGGACGGCAGCUCAGCUAAGAGAAGGGGAAAAUUCUGAAUUCAAACCCGAAGAUUGAGCCCCAGGAGAUGGAGUCCCGUAGGCGGUAUAUGCCAUUGAAAUUUCCGGCAAGUCCUAGGACGCUAACUUGUGCCAAGCCGUAUCGUCUCCACUUCUUGUUCCUUAGAGUUAGGUCUAUCCAGUUUCUUGAAGAGAGGUUCUUUGCUGUCUAGAGAUACAGCUUAUUCUAAUAAUUAAAAAUCACAGAUCUUGUGAUUUCGUCCUGAGUAGUCUACACAGGCAAAUGCCACAAAUUUUAAAAAUUAGACAUAAAAAUAUUUUAAAAAAAUAAUUUUAAACCCGAUUUUGUUAUUACCACUCUAUCGUUUACAUUAUUUUGAAAUCAUUACUUUCUUAUCAUUUGUGUUAUUGUUACCUCAUUAAUGACAUUCAUUAUAGAGUACUUCACAUCGCUUUGUUAACAUUUUCAUAUAAUAUCGUCUAGUUAGAAACCCCCAUUUAUAUUUAAAAAAUGUUUGGGACUAAAUGCACUUUAGAAUGCAACGGAAACGGUCUUAUAUUACGGGGUAUAUUACACAGGUGUUCGAAUUCUUGACGGAAUCAUCACCGAUGCCCUGGAAGCAGAAGCCCUAACUUUCAAUAAUGACUUCAUCGAUAUCUACAGCGCUUCCUGGGGGCCCAGCGAUGAUGGGGCUGUCAUGGAGGGUCCCAGUCAGCUGACCUCAGAAGCUCUUGGGAAUGGGGUUAAAUAUGUAAGAGCAUGAGUUAAAGUUUUACAAAAACAUACGAAGAAGUGUUAAGAUGCUUGGGGCCAUCCAUGUAGUACAUACGCAUUAAAAAUCAAAAUUUCCAACACCCCCCCCCCCCAUCCUUUUUUUCCCCUCUUACUCUCAUACGUACAACAAGAUUUCGAUCCGCAACCUCUUUAAAGAUCGAAGAAGUGGUAAGAUGCUUGGGGCCAACCAUGUAGUACAUACGCAUUAAAACACAAAAUUUCCAACCCCCCCCCCCCCAUCCUUUUUUUCCCCUCUUACUCUCAUACGUACAACAAGAUUUCGAUCCGCAACCUCUUUAAAGAAUCUCACAAAUCAAUUAAUUAUACAGGUGCACAAUUAUGACGUCACAGAGGAAAAAAAAAGCGUCCCAGAUUUUAACCAUUGUUUGAAGAGCCAAGCGGUUCACGGAAUAUGCACCACGUCACACUGGGGUGCCGCGUUGUCCUUGGGCCGGGCCAUGCGGAAGGAGCAGCCCUUUAUUUAAUAAUAAAAAAUAAUUAAUUGCCAUUUCGAAGAAGUGUAUUUUUUUUAGAAUUUGAUGGAGUGCGCAUCGUAAUAAAUAUCAGCUCGCAGGCCCCAGGUUGGAGAGCACUGCCCUGAUACAAUCUAAAUUAUAAAGCAAAUUGAAUUUUAAUGUAUUUUUUUUUUUACGUUUGGGGAGAAUUUUCAGGAGCGGUAUUUGAAAGAAAAUUUUAUUUUCAUCGUCAGGGUCGCCACGGCCUUGGAUCUAUUUUUGUCUGGGCGACUGGCAAUGGCGGCAUCAACCAAGAUGACUGUAACGCUGACGGAUACGUUAAUAUGCCGGAAACCCUUGCAGUUGGCUCUGUCAAUGAAAGAGGCCUGAGUCCAUUCUUUGCAGAGAACUGUACAUCGACGCUGGCUGUUGUGCCCAGCGGUGGCGGGGAGUCGCCAGGACAAGAGGAGGAAACUGGGCGAGUCAAACUUAAAGUGGUCAGGAGUCAUUGAAUGUUCCAUCUUUCUCCUUCCCCUCUCUCUUUCCCUUUGUCCUUCCUCUGUUUAUUUCUCCUCCCCCCCCCCUCUCUCUAUCCCCAUAUGACGUACUUCGGGGGGGGGAUGGUCUAAGAUUUGUGACAUAUUAUGACUGUGGAGAAGGAGGGAGGUAGAUAUUGUCCUUAAAAAAGCGUGACACUUAAUGGACAGCCCCUAAGUGCUAAGGAAAGAUUACCACGGGUAGACUGGCAGGACUUCAGACAUGCGUCAAUCAUGUUUAUAAAUACCUCUAAUAUUUUCCUCGUUAAAAAUAAUCAAACGGCUCAUUUCCCCUCCUGCUUUUUUUUAUAUAAUACUGUUCCUCUCUUCUGUUGCAUACUGCAGGUAACCACAGAUAUUAACGAUGGAUGUAUUGAGAACUUUCAAGGCACAUCAAGUGCUGCCCCUUUGGCUGCUGGUUGUGUUGCCAACAUACUGCAGGCAAAGUGAGUUUCAGAGCGAGCAGGAAGUUUUCCUCUCUGGAUUCGUCUUGAUCCCAAACAUAGAACGACGCCUGUGCUUGAGAAAAACUGAACGCUUCUAAAGUGUAUUUCGUUUAUAGUACCGCAGCUACUCAGCUAGUUACUGUAGUGUAACUGUAGGUACAGGACUUAAGUACCGUGUAACAUUACAUAUAUACAGGCAGUGGCGUAGCUAGGGAGGUGCGGACCUCACCGGGUGUCACAAUAUCGGGGGGGGGGGGGACCAAAUAGAAAAAUUGCAAAAUUGCAAAGCACACAUUGCUCGGUCUAACAAAAUUUUAUAAAAAAAAAAGGGAAACCUACCACACGUCAUUUUUCACACAUGUAACCAAUCCAAAUGCUUGCCUUUUUAAUUAGUUACUGUAGUGUAACUGUAGGUACAGGACUUAAGUACCGUGUAACAUUACAUAUAUACAGGCAGUGGCGUAGCUAGGGAGGUGCGGACCUCACCGGGUGUCACAAUAUCGGGGGGGGGGGACCAAAUAGAAAAAUUGCAAAAUUGCAUAGCACACAUUGCUCGGUCUAACAGAAUUUUAUAAAAAUAAAAGGGUAACCUAUCACACGUCAUUUUUCACACAUGUAACCAAUCCAAAUGCUUGCCUUUUUAACAUUUCAAGGUUGAUGCUUUAAAAAUGAGGUGACACCUGUAAAUAGGUACGUUUGAUGAAUUUCUGGCGACGAGUGAAGCUCUGUGUGAUCGUCUGGAAAAUUUGGAUACAAGAGGUAAAUCACAAGGUAUUUUACAUGCUGUCAGUGAUUUCACGUUUGUCUACUACCUUAACCUUUUGGCUGAUCUACUUGAGGAAGUUAAUCUUACAAAACAGUAUCUGCAGACUGACUGAAAGGCUUUACUCUUGACGAAGUGGUGCCCAACCUAGCGGCCUUAAGAUCGUUUCUGCACGAGAAGCGCUGCCACUUGGUGGAACAUGCUAUUGAAAAGGCACUUUUAAAUCAGACCAAUAUGUCAUUUCGGUAGAGAAAAGAUUAAAGUUUAAGAAGAAAAUGGCAGGAGAACAAUUAAUAGAUGCGAGAAGAAAACAGUAGGGAGAUGGUGGGGUGUAUUGAUCGCUUUAAUUUUGUACUCCAGAUCAGAUCAUUGGAGAUCAAGGAAGUAGUAGUUAUGUUUGGGGGCGUUCAACCCAAGAGUCUACUACCAGCAAGGAAAGAAGAGUUUAUUGGUGUCCGUUCCAAAAUUAACCUCUUUCUAUGAUGAGUUAUCAGAAAAUGACUUUUAAAAUAAAGACCAAUUUCUUAGCCGACACCUAAAGAGCUGAUAUAGAAUUUCACAAAAUCAUGGACUGGUCAGUAUUUGAUUUUUUGAAAUUCAUAGCUGAAUGGGACUUCAUAGCAUCUCUUCCAAUACUCUCGCUAAGCUUUCAAUUGUUUCUCACGAUCCACGAGUCUGUGGCUUCAUGUGAGCGGAGCUUUUCGAAACUAAGGCUUUCUAAGAACUAUUUACGAACCACCAUGGGACAGUCAAUGUUUAAUGAAAUGGCUCUACUUUCAAUCGAAAUUGAAACGGUGAAGUAUAUUAGUUUCGAUCAAGUGAUUGACAAGUUUGCAGCUUUGAAGCAAGAAAAUGAAAAUUUUAAAUAAAGUAAAUUGAAUGUAAAAAUAACUAUAAUAAAUAACUCUUCAAUACAUUUAUCUCUUCCUGACCUUCAAUUAAUUUUUUUUCCUUGUCAUUAUUAUACUAUGGACUUACUUUAACAAGAAGAAAUCCAUCGUGGAAGUCAGGGGGGGGGGGGGAAAACAAAAGUUUACCNUAUAUUAGUUUCGAUCAAGUGAUUGACAAGUUUGCAGCUUUGAAGCAAGAAAAUGAAAAUUUUAAAUAAAGUAAAUUGAAUGUAAAAAUAACUAUAAUAAAUAACUCUUCAAUACAUUUAUCUCUUCCUGACCUUCAAUUAAUUUUUUUUCCUUGUCAUUAUUAUACUAUGGACUUACUUUAACAAGAAGAAAUCCAUCGGGGAAGUCAGGGGGGGGGGGACAACAAGAGUUUACCGCACCGGGUGACACCAACCCUAGCUACGCCACUGUUAAUACAGGUACUCCGGUAACUAUAUAUAAUUAUAAGUCCGGUUCGUUUAACCCACCCCAAAAAAAAAUCUAUUUUUUAAACGUUUUUCAUUUUACAAUAACUUCCAUUGUGUUAGGUAAUCUUUUAAUUUCAUUUCAGAAACAAAGAUGUCAACUGUUAUGCUUUUAAUACCGGUACUCUCAUUACCGGUACUCUCAUUGCCGGUACUCUCAUUACCGGUACUCUCAUUACCGGUACUCUCACUACCGGUCUACUAGUUACGGGCUUACUUAUCAUUUAUCCCGCUAUACAUUUAAUAUGCAUGCUGAAACUGAAUGUAUCAGCUACGGUAACACAAUGAAAGAAAUCAUGCUAUUAUUCAGCCCAACGCUAAGCUGGCGAGACAUACAGCACGUCGUGGUAAAUGGGGCAAGAAUAACUUCUGACGACAACAGCUGGUUCAUCAAUGGGGCGGGUCACCACGUCAGCCAUCGUUUUGGAUUUGGUCUGAUGGACUGUGGGAGGAUGAUUGAGUUGGCACAGAUGUGGGACAACGUGUCUGCUCAAAGGAGGUGUCAUGCCGUAAAGGCACAGAUUGUUAACAAGUAAGGGAAUCGGAUCGCUUUCCUCUUGAAUUUAAAAACAAAACAAAAAAUGACCAAAAAUGCGUGGGGCACCCAUGAAUUCAAUGUUCUUUGUAAAUCGCAAAGAAAUGCACACAGUCACAGCGGUACCGGGUAUCGCUAAUUUCACUCCACUCGUCAAUAUAAGAUAGAUGGCAGCAUACAUCAGUAACACACAAGGCAGUUUUGAGAACUCUUAUUUUCAAGAUUAAAUAAUCUCUACCGUACCGGUAACUUGUAACAUAAUAAUUGUGCCACAUAGCACUUACACUUACUUGUCCAAUAUGGUAACUUUCAGGGCAUACGACAUCAUGGUAUUUCAUUUUCAUGGGCACCCAUGGCUGUGAUAUGACUUUAAUAACUAAUGUAGUUUUGGGUAACAUUUAUUUACAGUACAUUUUUGGACAAGCGUGUUUCUUUAAAGAUUUUUAAAAAUAGUUUUAUUUUUUAAGUGAAAUAAUUUACAAGUAUCCUGUUUAAAAAAAAAUUAUGGCUUAAAGUUGUAAAAUAGCUAACUGGUAAUGAUAAUGUUCCUUUGAAUACCCGUAUCAAAAUAUUAACUCUUAACCAUUCAACAGAAAUUUGUCAAGGCGGGGAAAAAUCAUAAAACAUGUUAUGACUGACGCAUGUCGCGCAAGUGAACAGGAUGCAGUGGACAGACUUGAACAUGUCCAGGUGCACAUACAAAUGUUCAGCAAACGACGUGGAGACAUGCUCAUUGCCCUUAUUUCCCCAGCGCGAACAAGGUCAGUUUCUUCACACCGGUUUUUUUUUCAGUUAACCCUCUUCCACUCAGUGACACACUUGUACCGUAUGUGUAGGGUGUAUUAAUACGGGUACUUGAAUCACACGCGGUGCUAAAUAGGGGUAAAGUGCCGGGGGGGGUUUCCACUCAGUGACACACUUGUACCGUAUGUGUAGGGUGUAUUAAUACGGGUACUUGAAUCACACGCGGUGCUAAAUAGGGGUAAAGUGCCGGGGGGGGGGGGUUCAGUGAGGAUUUUAAAAUGGCGGGGAGCAAUCUGAUACAAAUUAAAUACCGGUACGUUAAUUUUAGUUGAACUGCAUCCUUGUCUAAUGUCGCCGAUGUAUAGGCUAUCCGUCUCUUUCCUCUGAGACAAACAUCAACAUUGAAGUUGGGUAGAGUUGUCAUUGUAACGUCUUAGAAACUGAAAUGGCCGAACUGAAAAUGGGCCAUGUUGUCCUUGGGUUGUUUUUUUUUUUACACUGAAUUGAAAAUGCAUGUAAUGAAAAAGAAAGGGAAAUAAGACAUUGCAGGCUAAGAAAUAUUCAGCAUAACUGUUUUUUUAAUUGUGUACCAUACACAAUUCAUUCAUUCCCCGACACACAUCCUCACAGUACAAAAAUAAAUAUUAAUUAAUGAUAAUGCAUGAAAAGAGUUUUAUAGAUAGUAAUCAAUUUUUAAAAAUACAUGCUAUCACUUUAAACACAUGCAGAUUUAUACAAUCCAAUUAAACCAAGAAACUAACAAAAUUUUAAAUGUACAUUGCUUGAAGAUCUGUUUUACUGGCCCCACGACCAAAAGAUGAUUUCAGAGGUGAAUGGGAAUUUACAUUCAUGACAGUUCACAACUGGGAUGAGAAUCCCGGUGGCAUGUGGACAUUAGAAAUUGUGCACACGCUGUCUGUAGCAUCAAGGUGAGAUAUAUUUAUUUGAAAAUCUACAUGCAAUCAUUUCACUGGAGUUUACGUGAACCAACAAAAAAUAAAAAUAAAUGAGUGAAUUGGGUUCAAUGACUCACAUAUUUACAGCCAGUAGAGAUUGGUUAUAGUUAUAUAUAAAGAUACGAUCGCUUGGAGAAGGCAGCGCAUGUUGUUGUUUUUUUGCAAUCGCCAGGUUUAUUUAAACUUGAGAAUCCACCAUUCUGUAAAAUAAGCUUUCCAACAAUUCAGUUUAAGGAUUUUUUUUUUUUUUUGUAUAUUUCUUUUUAAGUCUUAAGCUGGAUUCAAUCCGACUUCUACAAAUAGUAUUUAAUUUAUUAAAUCAGUUUCUACAGUGGGGGUGGGGGCAGUCAUUAAUAUGGAAAUCAACUGUCUGCACGGUUGAAUGAAGUACCGGUAACAAAAUUAAAUCCUUAGGUACACAUAUCGUGUUUCUAUUUCUAUCAUGACAAUACAUUUUUUUUUUAAAUUGCCAUGAGGACAAGGUAUCCCAAUUAAAUACCGGUAUAUUCAUGAGCAUUUUAUAGGGUUUACAUCAGUAGAGUAACACUGAUGACUUGAAUAUUAAAAUAUCAAUUGCGUGCAUUGCUUAAUAAUUCAAGUAAGAUCCAAUUAUUUGUAACCCCGUUUUGAUUCUUUACUGUCUUUUCUUCUCCUUCUGGCCACAUCCUAUGCUGAACAUCAGUGAUGCACAGAAACCCACCGGUUUUGAGCCCAGGCACAAGAUAGUUCGUCCAGUGAAUGAUGUGCUCAAGAGCUCUGACCCCGGGGUCUACGAGGAUGAUGACUUGGUAGGAUUCUUGAAAUCGUGGAGCCUCGAUUUGCUGGGAACGAAAGGCUCACCGCACAACAGAGGCGUGUCGGGGAUGGGACUAAAGGCGGUGCAUCCCUCAGCAGAGCAGGUCAAGACAAUCAAAAAGCAAGAAUUUGAGAGGUCUCAGAGAGUCCAAAUAAAGAGGGUGGAAACGAGUAGUGUGGACAAAACGCGAUAUGGUGAUGGGGUUACUGACAAAAGUGUCACUUGGGGGAAUGGCUCAUCUGUUCAUCUAGAUACUGAAGUGAUACGCAAGAGAAAACUAGAUGUGUCUACGAUAAUGAGUGAAGAAAAAUUACAAAAGGCUAACAUUGAAGAGAUCAAAACAGUCAAAGACGAGAUAAUAAACUUAUUGAAAGAAAUUCAGGAAGAGUAGAAAAAAGUGGAAUCGGAACCAGUACCAACAUGGUACCCACUGGUAUAGAUCUUAUUGUUACAUUUGUCCAAUGCCAUUUUUCUAAUGGUCAGUCUCAGAAAAACAAUGAGAGUUGCAAAUGAUCUGUGAUGCCUUCAACUGGCUGGAUUUGUAAAGUUUUGAAACAUUGACGGAAAACUACGUUACAGUAGAAGGCAUUAGAAAUCGGUCCAUGUGGCCCCUAUAUAGGAACCACAGUAGAAAAAUGGGACAAGAUGAGCAAUAACUAAUUGAAGAAAUCCAUUUUGUCAAAAAUCAAAGAGCAUGAAUUAUUUUUUUUAGAUGGGGAAAGGAUGAUGGGGAUGUCAAACCUGCAAGAUCUUAAAGGCUAAUACAAUUUAAAAAAAAAAAAAGGGUUAUGCUUUCAAGUUUAAGAAUUCAAGUGUCACGUGUUAAUUCUGCUGCAAUAACAAUUUUUUUUUUGUUGCUAUUUUUGUGCAUAGCAAUAACUUCUAUCAACUUACUUCUAUAUUGGAAUAGAAACACAUGAUGGCUGAAUCUAUUUUAUAUGCUGACCAGAGCUGUCACACACAAUAUGCAUUUUGAAAACCUUUGCAAGGCAAUGGUGUAGGAGCUCAAAUUGAAAGUACCGUCGAACCCGCUUAUCUCGACCUCGGUUAACUCGCCAACCCUGUUAUGGCGAAGUUUUUGAAGUGGAACCGCCAAAUUCUCCUACCGGCAUUGACCGGUCACGGGCUUAUGGUCUGUUUCCCGGAUCCGAAAAAUCUAUUGGCGCGCGUUGCUAUGUGUACCUAAUAUUAAUAUUAUAGACUUAUUUUAAAAAAAUAUAGCUUACAUUUUUCUAACAUUCGUGAACAGAAAGUAGGCCAACUAAGGAUGUGCCUAAGCAAGCUGUCCUAAAACUAAAAUGAGUACUUCACAAAUAAAGUUUGUAUAAUAUAAAAUUUAUUAGGCUUAGGCCCUGUAGCCUAUCCCAUUAAUUAUUAUUGAAUUAAAUUAUUAAAUUAGGCAUAGCCUAAAAUUUGGGCUCUAUUUAGUGUAUUAGACUCAUUCGCAUUUAUUAACGCACAUCACGUACAUAUAGAAAUUUGAAGCAAAUUUUAAUAUAGGCCUAUUGGCGCCAUAUUGGUUUUCGUUUAUCUCGAUCAUCGGUUAUCUCAACGCUUUUUUUUUGGCAAACCCUUAGGCCGUCGACAUAACCGGGUUCUACUGUACCUAUCCGUAAUUAAAAGUAACCUUAAAGCAAUAUGUGGUCUAAUACCCGGUAGUGAAUUAAUUUUGAAAAUAACAAAACAUUUGCUUUUUUUUUUUAUUCUAUCUAAAUUUACUUUUUAAACAAAUUCCUAAAUGUAGGCCUACACAUUUCUCUACUUCAGUAACAUAUUUCCAUAGUUUAUAAUUUGUUUCAG